AUGUUCAGUCGCCUAGCCAUGCCCAAACCCGUAAAGGACGGACGUACGCACAACCGGGCCGGAUGGCAAGCUGCUGUCCUUGCUUGGAUAUGCGGUCCAGGCAGGCGCAUGGCCACGACGGCAGCACUUCGCACCGCGCAUCAGAUUAGGAGGAACUUGGCCCCGAGGCGGCUGUUGAGCUUUCCGCAUUUUCUUUUCUUGUUUUGGGUUGUCAUUUUGCUGUGGGGGGAGCGAUGGGUGUUUGACACAAAGGUUGAGAAGUGCGAUUGGGCUCACUGGGAAGACUGGGGCAAAGAUGCAACCCCCCAUCACCUCGUCUUCGUCGCCGAUCCGCAACUCAUCGAUCCGCACUCUUAUCCGGGCCGACCCUGGCCACUGUCGGCGUUGACUGUGUUGGUGGUGGAUAACUAUUUACGACGAGGAUAUUCUGCUCUGCAGCGCCAAUUACACCCCGAUAGCGUCUUCUUCCUUGGCGAUUUGUUCGAUGGCGGCCGAGAGUGGAAGACACGCCACGGCGCCAAGUUUGUCGACCCCAAAUGGGGCAGCGGCCGAUCCUCGACCGAGAAGAAGUGGGUGAAGACGUGGCAUCGAAAAUAUGGCGAAGAUUACUGGGUGCGAGAAUACAGAAGAUUCAGCGAUAUCUACUUCACUCCGUUCAACGAGGCGGGCAGCGUUCCAGGCCCAUACCAGAGGGGUAGGAAGCUGGUUGCCAGUUUGCCAGGAAAUCAUGAUCUUGGCUUUGGUGCCCAGAUCCAGGUUCCUGUUCGUGACAGGUUCAGUGCGUUCUUUGGAGAGACGAAUCGUGUGGAUGUGGUUGGAAACCAUACCAUUGUCUCGGUGGACACGGUUUCUUUGAGUGCCGACAGUUCAUCGUAUAAAGAUGAACACGAUUUGAAACCCAUCUACGGGCCAGUGCACGAGUUUUUAGACGAGGUUCAAGCAAGCAAGCGAAAGGCUGUCCAGCAAGAAUUGGCAGUCUGGCACGGCGUGGAUCGAGGGCUGAAGCUACGACACAAGGUUGAGGAUGUCAACAACGCUGACCUGACGAGGUCACCAAUGGACCCCGGGGAGGGAGCGCCUGAUUUCCCUACGAUCCUGCUCUCUCACGUCCCGCUAUACAGAGACCGCGGCACGCCCUGCGGUCCCGAUCGCGAACACUGGCCUCCGAGCAAGUCCACUCUGAGAAAAGACGGGACAGUCGAUCCCAACGCGCGCGAUGAACGCAACGCCAUUAGCAUCACAGCAGGCUACCAGUAUCAAAACGUGCUGACUGAGGAAGAUUCAGUCAGGCUGAUCAAGAAGAUUGGCAACGUGGUGCAUGCGUUUUCGGGAGACGAUCACGACUACUGCGAGGUUGUGCAUUCUGCUGCCAAGGAGAACGUCCGUGAAAUCACCGUCAAAAGUAUCAGCAUGGCCAUGGGAGUGCCAACGCCCGGAUUUGUCAUGGUCAGCCUGUACAACCCGAUCGAUGUCGACGGCAAGCCUCUUCCAGGCGCACCCAAACAAACCAUCCAAACCCAUCUCUGUCUACUACCGAAUCAACUCCACACGUACAUGAAGUACAUUACUUUUGCCGUCGUCUCCCUCGUCUUGCUCCUGAUCCGAGCCUUCCUCGUUCCCGUCCUCCGCCUCACACCAUUCGCGCUUGAGCCCGAGACUCACGCACCAUCCAUGCUUCCAAUCUACAAGGACAAGGUGAAAGCAGAGCCACCGGAAUACGGUGCCCUCCGCUCAUCAGCAGCAGCCACAUCCGGAGCUAGGAGCCAAGUAAACGGCAGCAAUGCAAGAUGGGCGUCCAAGAAGAACAAAGCAAGUCAACGAUGGGGAUGGAGCGCAGAGAAUGGCGGCCCGCGCAUCACGCUUGAUGAUCAUUUCUACGACGGCGGCAAGGCGAACAGGGGGAGGAAGGAGCUGCAACUAUUGGGAAGGGAGCUGUGGACGACGACUUGGCGAUUAGCCUGGCUUACGGUAUUGUAUUGGGCGUAUCUGGCGAGAAAGGGCUGA